GUCCAGGACUGAGAUGUACAAUACAGAACAGAAUAGGACAUAGUUGCAUACGAGUAUGUUUGUGUUCUUCAACCCCUGAAUUCGCCAACCAAUGCACCGCCUAUCACAUGCCGCAUCACGUCUGUUCGUUAUCUAGCGUACACACUCCCACCGCAGAUGUAUGGAUCUAGACUGUUUCAAGUCACAGUCCAGUCCCCCUUACAGUAAAGACAGCAACGCGGCAACAGUUAUUGUAUGUGUAUCGUUCGAAGCAAUCAGGGGAGCUAUGUUCGCUUAAUUACGUGUCUGAGCGGGACACACCGUCUCCGCUUGGCAAACCACCCUCCCACUCCGCACUCAACAUCUCCACGAACACAAUACAACUCUCGCUCCCUGCCAAAAAAUUCUCUCGACAGAAUUGACUUCCUGUAGGCAUCAUGAGCGCCUCCAAUUCUGGAAGUGAGUUCGAGUUCAUCGACACUCCUCCGGCCCCGUCCCCAACGGUGCCAAAGUUCGAUUGUGGUGUCAGGACCACUUCGUACCCAACCAUUCCCAAUGCUCCCCUCCCAUCCGAUAGCAAUGGAUCCGACUCCUUCUCCAACACGCUCCUUAUCUCUCUCCUCACCCUCAUCCCCGCCUGGAUAACCUACCAAUUGGGCGGUGGUUUCAAGACUUGGAUCUUCUUCUGCUUGAUCUUGGAUCUCCCUAUCCUCGCAGCGUUCUGGAUCGUCACCUCCGAGUACUUGCCCCGCAAGAACGAGAAGGCCAAGCUCCCCGGCAAGCCCAUCGAGCACUACUUGAAGUUCAAGAAGCAGGAGGACCGCGACCAGUACAAUGGAAAGGCCAAGAUCCCCAUGGAGACUUUCUACGAGAAGUACUUCGAUGGCGAUGUUGAGUUCGUCGGUGAUGCUUUGGACGUCCUCGAGCUUCGCCACGACUGGUGCAACUUCAGGUUCACUUUUGGUCUUAUCAAGCAUUUCCUCUUCGGCAUGAUUCCUGAGCUCAUCAUGCACACCAGGUCUCAAGAUGAGGAGCAGGUCCAAGAGCACUACGACCGCGGUGACGACUUCUACGCCUGGUUCCUCGGACGGCCCAUGAUCUACACCUCUGGUAUCAUUUCCGACAUCAACCGCGAGGAGUCUCUCGACGAGCUCCAGAACAACAAAAUGGCCGUCGUGUGCGAGAAGAUCAGCCUCGAGAAGGGCGAGCGCAUGUUGGACAUUGGCUGCGGAUGGGGAACUCUCGCUCGUUUCGCUUCGGUCCACUACGACGCCCACGUCACCGGUAUCACUCUCGGCCGCAACCAGACUGCCUGGGGCAACAACGGCCUGAGGAAGGCCGGCAUCGAGGAGGACCAGUCCAAGAUUCUCUGCAUGGAUUACCGUGACAUCCCCGUUCCCCAGGGCCGCUACAACAAGAUUACCUGCCUCGAGAUGGCCGAGCACGUCGGUGUCCGCCACUUCGGCGGUUUCCUCCGCCAGGUGCACGACAUGCUCGACGACGACGGUGUCUUCUUCCUCCAGAUCGCCGGUCUCCGCAAGGCAUGGCAGUUCGAGGAUCUCACCUGGGGUCUUUUCAUGAACAAGUACGUCUUCCCCGGCGCCGACGCCUCCACUCCUCUCGGCUGGGUCGUCGACAAGCUCGAGGGCGCUGGCUUUGAGGUCAAGAUGGUCGACACCAUCGGCGUCCACUACUCCGCCACUCUCUGGCGCUGGUACCGCAACUGGCUCGGUAACAAGGAGAAGGUCACCGCCAAGUACGGUGCCCGCUGGUAUAGAAUCUGGGAGUUCUUCCUCGCCUACUCGACCAUCGCCUCCCGCCAGGGCUCCGCAACCUGCUUCCAGAUCACGCUCGUCAAGAACAUCAACUCGACCCACCGCGUCGAGGGCAUCAACACGCAGUACAGUCUGGCUGGCGCCCUCGCCUCCGCAAAGGCCAAGAUCACCCGCAAGAACAAAUAGACGCAUGCUCUACCUAUGUACGCAGCUUUUGCGUCUGAGAAUGCGUGUGGCUUGCGUGACGUCCUCGCCCUGGGGGUGAGAUAGGCGGAAUAUGACCGUCCUCAUUCUAGCCUUGACUAAGUAAAACAUGAAAGGGCACGUAGAAGACGAACGAAGAAAAGAAAAGAAAAGAGGGAAAAGAAGCGGAAACAUUCAAGGUGGUUGGUAAAUCGACACGAAAAGUCGUCAACUAACAGCGAAGACAUCCCGCAUAGCAAUUAUUACUAUUACUGUUACUGUAAACGACUAUUUUUCAACAUGUAUGCAUUGAUUCCCCGUGCAACGGGGUGCGCCAUGAACUACAUUUGAGAAAAAGUAGCUAUGAGAUAGAGAAAUUUAUAUUUAUUGUUCAACGAA